GACCCCGUGUCCCAUUCGUGCGCUCAUUCAAGCUCGCUCCCGAGUUCCUCAGAGCGCACAACGCGCAGAAAUGGCUGCGGCACGAGACCAGGAAUUAAUGCAAUAAUUCAACAUUUCCCGUGAAUUCCCACCGGCGGCGGUUUGGUGGAAGUAUUCAGAGGUCUUCUUAUGUCCCUUCCAGCACUUUUAUUUGAGUACUCCGUCUCUCUAGUUUCUAAAUCCAUGGCUUUUGUUUGAGAAGACAGGACAGCGGAGAGUAACCGGGAAAGAAACACCCAAAUUGUCCGACCGUCUCUAUCCGGGAAAGUGAUUUAUUCGUCUCCUCGACUGCUGAAGGAUGUCGUCUGCACGGGUUGAUUAUAUCGCUCCUUGGUGGACCUACUGGCUUCAUCAGUUUCCUCAUGUGACUCUACGGUUUCAGCCGUUGGAACACACGUUUAAACCGCAAGACGAGAACUACCAGCAGUCGCUCAUCUUCCUGGGCUGUGUAGCAGCAGCUGGGCUCGGUGUGAACCUGCUGUGUCUGGCCAUCUACCUGAGCUGCCUGUGCUGCUGCCGGAAGGAUGAGGAGGAAGAGGAAAGUAAGAAAUCCAACUCUUGCUGUGUCACUUGGGCUGCUGUUGCUGCUGGACUCAUCUGCUGUGUUGCCGUGGGAGUUGGUUUCUAUGGAAACAGUGAAACCAAUGAUGGGGUGUACCAGCUGACCUAUUCUCUCUAUAAUGCCAAUCACACGCUGGCGGGAGUGGACAGUUUGGUUACUGGUACUGUGGGAGGCAUGCAGAGCGGCCUAAAUGAGCACUUGUCUCGAUUGGGCGAGAUCUUUGCCGCACGGGGAGACUUUGUGCAGACACUGCAGUUCAUGCAACAGAUGUCAGACAACAUCAUUAAGCAGCUUCUUGGGCUUCCUGACUGGGAAAAGGCGAAAGUCGACCUGGCCGCCAUAGCUGAUCAGACAGCAUACGUAGAGUAUUACAGGUGGUUGACGUACCUACUGAUACUGAUCUUGGAUCUGGUCAUCUGUCUUGCUGCUUGUCUGGGUCUGGCCAAACAAUCCCGUUGGCUGCUCACUACGAUGAUGAUCUGCGGUGUUCUGACUCUGAUACUGAGUUGGGCAUCUCUCGGAGCUGAUGUGGCCACUGCAGUGGGCACAAGUGAUUUCUGUGUUGCACCAGACAAAUUUCUGAUGAACCAAACAAAAGAUAUAAUCAGCUCAGAUAUUGUGCAUUAUUACUUAUACUGCAGCCAGACGCUCCCCAACCCAUUUCAGCAGUUUGUUUUGCAGUCCCUGACUGUCUUCCAGAGAUCACUGACCACCAUGCAGAUCCAGAUCCAAGGUCUCCUGCAGUUUGCUGUGCCUCUGUUCCCCACAGCUGAGAGGGAUUUAUUGAGUGUUCAGCAUUUAUUGAAUAAUUCAGAGGCCAGUUUACAUCAGCUCACUGCACUUCUAGACUGCCGAGGACUCAAUAAGGACUACCUGGACGCUUUGAUAGGUGUGUGUUAUGAUGGUGUGGAGGGGUUGCUGUAUCUCUGUCUGUUCUCUCUGCUGGCGGCCUGUGCCUUCUCUGUCAUGCUGUGUGCCAUCCCGAGAGCGUGGCGACAGAUUGCCAACAGAGAUAGAGAUUAUGACGACAUUGAUGACGGGGACCCGUUUAACCCUCAGAGCCGGCGAAUGACAUCCCACCAUUCACACCCGGGCAACAUGCACAGCUUCUGCAGCUACAGCAGCAGCAUGGGAAGCCAAACCAGCCUGCACCUUCCAACACAGGCUGUGACCAACGCACCUCUGUCAGAAUAUAUGAACCAGUCUGCGCUGUUUGGAGGAAACCCGCGCCAUGAGAACGUGCCACUGAUUGGGAGGGGAUCUCCACCUCCUUCGCCAUAUAGAAACCGCUACUCUCCAACCAUGAGAGCCACCUACCUCUCCAUGACCGAAGACCAGAUCAGACACUUUGGGGAGGAUUUCAGAGCGUAGAACUGAUCUGUUGUCCUCUGGUCUGAGUCUUUACACGUUGGAAAUAUGGACACAUGGAAAACUCUCACGCCAGCAUGUCUGCGCUUAAAGGAGCACAGUCUGAGAGGAGAACGUCAUUUUAAGAGCACUCUGUGUGUGUGUCCAUGCAGGUGCUUGCAUGUCUGUGUGUGUUUGUCCAUUAUUCUGAUGGUGGGAUGCUUCUUUUCUCUCACUACUGACACAUUUGUGAGGUGCUGAAAUAUCCUCUCUCUAAUAACGGUAUGUUUACACAAUAUUUUCAUUAAAUAGACUGUUGGUCUUCCCUAUUGCCUUUUCAGCUGCAGAAACUGUUUGACGUGGGUGGCAAAAACUUUUUUGAACCAACUUUAUAUUAAGUGUCUUUAACUACCAUGUAAUAACAUUUAAUUUUUUCAUUUGAUGCAGUGCACUUAUUGUGUAUAUGUCUUUACCUGUACUUAUAAUAAAAAAAAACCUGCAUGUAAUUCCAUCUGUAAAUCAUUUCUAUAAUUGCAUCUGCUAUGCAACUAACCAUCCCAUGAAACCUGUCACUCACCUUACUGCAUCCAACCCCCCCCCCCCCCCCACCACCACCACCAAUUUUUUUUUUUUUUUUUUGAUCUUAUGUAAUUUAAUUUCAGCUUCAUUUCAAUUACUGAAAAUUAUUUUUAAUGAAUUUUAGUUAACAAUAACAACCCUGACAACUAUUUUUUUUUUUCAUAAGUACAUAGUAGUGAAAGACAACUAAUAUAAAUAUAGUGGGACCUCUAUUUUUUAGGCAUAAAAAUUGAGCUUUUUUUUUCUAACUGGAGUACAUAACCUUAUAAAAGUUACCAUUUGUCAUUUUAAAGAUUUUGUACAUGUAAGUGUGGACACUGGUUGAAGUAUUAAUAUUCUGUUCAUUGGACAUUUAGUCCUACAUAGUGUACAGCAUUGCUAGUAUCAGCGUAGUAGGUUUGCUAGGUACUUUUCUAAGCAGUUGUUCAUGAACAAAUGUUUUUUUUUUUUUUAGCUACUGUGCAGUGUGGGCUUCAUGGACAUGUCAUCACUUUUUAUGAUGGCUAACUGUACAGAUACUAAUGCAUCAUCUUAUUUUGAAGUGAAGAUUCUUUUGUUUUCUAAAUGUGUUUUGUGCCAAGAAUGGAAGCAUGUUUUGUGCCUCUAAAGCCUUAGUUUUCUUUCCCUUUCAUUGCUUUAUUCAGUGAGCGCCCGCUGAUGUGUAUCUAUGGGAGAGGGGAAUACACUCUUUUCUGUUUCUGUUUUGCAUGUAGAGGCAUUUUAAGCACAACAUGAUCUCUUGAAGUUUAAAGUGACCGAACAUACAGUAGAUUUGUUCCACAAAUUGUGUUUCUGGCAUCCUGAGAGAUGUUCACCUCAUUUCCAGCAGGCACAAAUGAUGCACUUGGAACAUAAAAUCUUCUCAUAUCAACUUGAAAGAGCACACUGAGCCAUCUUCUUCCCACAUAGUAAAUGCAUAUGCUUUGUAAAUAACCUGUAUGAUAACUGAUGUUGUGUGAUGAUUUGUAUUUCUUUCUUUGCUCCAUUCCUGUGUGGCACUUUCAGUUUAUUGUUUGAUAAAAUCAGCUACUUGGACA